CCAUCAUGCGGAAUAGUCCCGGGGAUCUGAUUAUCGUCAAAGCAAAACUAUUACAUUAAUUUACAGUUGUACCUUUAGUGUUGUGUUUUAUAGCCGGAGACAAAGUAGUUUGUCAAGGAAAGGCAGCUGAGCUACUUUUAAUGCAAAAUGUCGUCGGAAGAAUUCGAAAAGUUGCACGAAAUCUACAGAUCACUGUAUGACGAGCUCAAGCUAAUGCCAGAGAGAGCCCUGAGAUGCUACGGAGAAGAGAGGAAGAGGUUGGUGAGGACCUUCGAUGAGAGGCAGGGGGAGGCUGAGGAAGUGUUACAAGGUAUGGAAGAAGAGCUGCGUGCCGCCCCUUCCUCACACCGAAAUGCUAUGAGUACAAAGCUGCGCCUGUACCGCCGGGAUCUGGGCAAGCUGCAGCGGGACAUGAAGAACUCAGCUCCUGGCUUUGGUUCUUCUAACCAGCCAGUGGGAGGAAGUCAUCAUGGCAUCUAUUCAUCACAAAACCAACAAAGUACACACCUGCAAUCCCAGAGAGCCUUGCUUCUCCAGGGCACAGAAUCUCUGAAUAACGCCAGCCAGAGUAUUGAACGAAGCCAGCGCAUCGCCAACGAGACGGAGCAGAUCGGCACAGAUAUCAUCGAGGAGCUGGGAGAGCAGAGGGAACAGCUGGACCGCGCCAGAAACAGAUUGGUGAAUACCGGAGAAAACCUGAGUCGAAGUAGAAAAAUCCUUCGUGCCAUGGCAAGGCGGGUGGUGACCAACAAGCUGCUGUUAGGUGUCAUCAUCAUAAUGGAGCUGGCCAUUCUGGGAGCUGUGAUUUAUCUGAAGUUCUUCCGGCCAUCAAACUAGACCCCCUGAGAACAGUCUACGCUCUGGAUCCAGGGCAAACCCAGACUCUCAACAUGUCUCCCCUGACCAUCUAGUAGCAAUAAUGUUCUUCUGCUGUAUUCAGCCAACUGUUUCUGUAAGUGCAAUGAGAUGGCUCAGUCUUAAAGUGAACCUUUACCGGGAGGAGAUUCUGUCCGUGUCCAGGUGGAGUUCAUUUAACAAAACUUGAACCUGUUAAUGGACCAAACCUUCAGAAACUUUGCAGACAAACUAUGAACUGAGAUUUGCACUUUUUUAAUCAGACUGUUAAUGCCAAGGAUGGCCUGCAGGAAGAUCUGCUGGCUGCUACAGACCCCAGAGAUGAUUCUGCUGGAUGCAAGGAUUCAUUCAGCAUGAGUACGAUCUUACGCCCACAUGUGUAGCUACUCUGCUAACAGAAAUGUUACUGUUAGUCGUUGGCGUAGCAGUUCUGAGAGGUUUAUGAAUUCUUGGAUUUGGGAUACUUUAUCAUCAACAACAGUAUGUGAUGAAAUGGCACCGUCUUUUUGUCGUGUCAUCAUGCCUAGUAUCCAAAUUGCUGUCUUAAGUGAAUUUUUCCUAUUCUGGGCGCUGAAACCUGAGGCCAAAUUCAUCAGUCAGAUGUGUGAAUGUAAGAAAUGACUGGAAACUCUUAACACGUUCUUAAAAAUGAUUGUCGUCCAAUCACUGUAUGAUAUGAAAUCACUGUUAGAAAUAGGCUUCGGUAUUCCUUAUUUGACGGUCGACAAACCAUUAAAGCUAAUCUUUAACCUCAGUCUGGAUUCUAUCUAAUACUUCCAUGGACGACAUCCAAACAGUUUGAAAAAAACAUCCGCUGUUGAGUUGACCUCGCCAAUAUUUGUCACAGGCUGAAGGCUUUUUCCAGGCCAGGUUAGUGCUGUGUAAACACCAUCUGUUACUAUAAAAUUAAUUCUCAAAUAAUAGCUGAUAAGGUUGUUUUUAGUGCUCUGUUUUUGAAGUGGCGCAUCUGCCACACUGUUUUUCUUCCACGUAGAUAUCAUGCCUUCCUGGUGUGAUGCCAAGGACAAAUACAUGUUUGGUGACCGGCUUCAGCGAAUCAGGUACAGAGUGAGGUUUGGGGCAGAAGAAAAUAUUUGAUUGUCAUCUGUGAAACAUUUCCCUCACAUUCCUAAAAAAACUAAACAGAAAAAGCACAUUUGUUGCAGUAACUAAAGUUGUGUAAUGACAUAUAAAUUAUGUAAUAUUUUAAUUUGAACGAAUAAUUCAUAGAACUUGUAAAAGUUGGAUCGCUGUGUAAAACAUAACAGAACUUGAAAAUUUGCAAAUCGUUUUGACAUCCAUUGAAAACAGUG